GUUGUGGUCCGUUUGGUUGCAAAGCUGCCCAGUCUAUUCCUCUGACUGCAAUGCUGGGGCUUUCUCGUGCCUGGAGUUGUAGUGGUGGAAGCGUGUUCGUUUAAAGGCGGGCUCUUUGCACGUGAAGCCAAUGCAGCAGCCCUCCAAAUAGCAUGAUCACAAUGAUGAAGAGGAGGAGAGGAAGAGGAGAAAAUGAGAAGGAUGCCAAGAAACAGAAGCUCCUCAAUGAACUUGGACAGAGCCAGCUUCCGUAUCUGACACCGAAGGAUGAUGGCUUCCACCAACUGUGGAAGACAAAAUAUUCCAAACUUAUCCUCCGAAAUGCGGAGUGGAUCCCACAAGAUGUCCACAGAGAGGUUCAAGAAGCAUUUGGGUUGCUGCAGAAGCACGUUUGUCUCUUCCAAGACCUCGUGAGGAUCAAAGGGAAAGAUUUUGUUACCCCUGUAUCUCGUAUAUUAAUUGGAAACCCGGGAUAUACUUACAAAUAUUUGAACACGAGGUUAUUUACGGUCCCCUGGCCGGUGGAAGGUUAUGAAAUAAAUUAUUCCCAUCCUGAAAUAUCCAAGGCUUGCGAGGCAUUAAUCAAACUUAAUGAGCACUUGCGCAGAGAAACCGUCCUGGCUUUGCAAGAACAGAAUUUGUCCGAGACAAAAGGAACGGAAGAUUCUGUUGUCACUGAGAAGCUUCAAGAGGAGGCUGCUCCCGUUACAGAGUCGGGGUGUGCUUCUCCGGAUCAAAGCGCCGUUCACGUCCCGAAGAACGACUGUGCCGAUCUGAAGGAGAGAACGUCUUACAACCUGACAUUAUUGAAUUAUAUGGAUCCGCAGCGAAUGCCGUUCCUGAAACAGGAGCCUUAUUUUGGGAUGGGGAAGAUGGCUGUGAGCUGGCACCAUGACGAAAAUCUGGUUGAAAGGUCAACCGUGGCUGUCUACAGUUCUUGCCGUGAAGAACCCGACAGUCAUGAGAAAGAGGCGUGGUGUGGCAGAGAUCCAGCCGUCUGGCACGUCGCCUUGAAAGUUGCUUGGGACAUAAAGACCCCGGGGUUGGCUGUGCCCCUAUACCAAGGGGAUUGCUACUUGAUGCUCGAUGAUAUGAAUAUGACACACCAGCAUUGUGUCUUGGCUGGCCAUCAGCCCCGAUUCAGCUCCACCCAUAGAGUGGCAGAGGAGUGCUCCCAGGGGACCCUGCCAUAUAUUUUGGGCCGAUGCAAUGCUGCCCUUGAGAACUUGCACGGCGACACCGCUUUGGGAUGCCUGGCUCUGAAAUCGCUAGAUAUUGGAACUAUAAAAGGAGUAGAAGAAAUACAUAACGAGGUUGAGUUUGAGUGGCUACGGCAGUUUUGGUUCCAGGGUAAACGUUACCAAAAAUGCACAGACUGGUGGGAUCAACCAAUGGCAGUUCUGGAAGAACACUGGAGAAAAAUGGAGCUCAUGACAAGCCAUCUACUCUGUGAACUCCGGAAAGAAGGACAGGUGGAAGAACAAAGAAAGGAAAGGAUUGAAUGUUUGUUGCCUCUGCUUGAGGAGCGCCACGAGCUACGCCAGGAAUGGUUCGUGAGAUUCAGGCAGGAAACUGAAUGGCUAAAGCCCUAUUCCAUUACUUGGAGAUAUAAGACAUGAAGAAGAAGAAUGCUGUUGACUUGCCUACUUGGCUACAAUUUCUGGGUCACCCUCUAGAUGUCGAGGGGAACUAUUUGAAUAGAAAGAGACCCAGAUAUUCAUGGGAAACCUCCAUGUGGUCAGAAAAGCUGUGAAGUUUGUGUUCUUGAUCAUGCAGAGCAUGUCCACAGAUAAAAGAGGCCCUCUGUGUGUAGAGUGGUCAAGUGCUGAACGGAGAAUGGUUGAAUGGGACCUCUCUGUAUCAAGAUGGGGAACUUUUGGCUCUGGUGGAUGCCAUUGGGUUACACUUGUCAAACUCCCAAGACAGUGGGAGUUGGAGUCCAACCACAUAUAGAAGGUCGCAUAUGUCCCCACUUCUGCUUUGUAUGAAGCAGUUUGUGACACUGAGGGUGCUGUGUUCUCUUCAGUACACCAACCUUAAGUCAUAUCUGUUCGCUGGGAUG